AUGAAGACAAUUAGGUUAAAUUCAGGAAAGGAAAUUGCGGAAGUGGGUCUCGGUUGUUACGAUAUUCCCAAUUCGGUGACUAAGCAAAUUGUAUUUGAAGCAUGUCAGGCAGGUUAUAGACAUUUCGAUACAGCGGUGCUCUACGGUAAUGAGUAUGAAGUAGGACAGGGUAUCUCUCAAUGGCUCAAGAGCAGCAAAGAUCAUAAGAGAUCAGAAGUGUGGUACACCACUAAGUUGUGGAAUAGUCAAUGCGGAUAUAUGCAAGCAAAGGCAGGAAUAAAGCUGUGUCUUGAAAAAGUAGCUGAUUUGCAAUAUAUUGAUAUGCUUUUGAUUCAUUCUCCGCUUUGUGGUCCAGAAGAACGCUUGAAUACAUGGAAGGCGUGUCAAGAAGCUGUGGACGAAGGGCUAGUCAAGAACAUAGGUGUUUCCAACUAUGGGAAACAUCAUAUUGAGCAACUAUUACUGUGGGAUGGUUUGAAAUACCCUCCAGCUGUUAACCAGAUAGAAAUCAGUCCGUGGUGCAUGAGACAAGAAUUGGCCCAAUGGUGUUUGCAGCAAAACGUUCAUGUUGAAGCGUAUGCUCCUUUAACGCACGGCUAUAAAUUAUCGCAUCCACCGAGCGAGUUUGUUCCUAUUUUGGAAAAGUACCAAAUCGACAUGGCUCAACUUUUGAUCAAAUGGUCGUUGCAGAAAGGAUAUAUCCCUCUCCCUAAGACUAAGACUCCAGCUAGGUUAAAGUCAAACAUCACAUUGGAUUUCGAAUUAACUGAUGAAGAGAUGUCGAUUAUCGAUCAACCCGAUGCCUACGACCCCACCGACUGGGAAUGCACCAACGCUCCAUGA